UGCUCUCUCCUCGAUGUGUGCCUGCAGUGGGGGAUUCGGUGAAGGAAGCUCGUAACAUGGCGGAUAGCGAGGAAGGCUUUGGGCUCCCCACCACGCCGGCGGACUCAGAGGCAAAGGAGCUCCAGGCUGAAGCCAAGCAAGACACUCAGCUGGGGGCCACCAGCAAGCCCCCCACCUCACCCCAGGCAGCCUUCACCCAGCAGGGCAUGGAGGGGAUAAAAGUGUUCUUGCACGAACGGGAGCUGUGGCUGAAAUUUCACGAAGUGGGGACGGAGAUGAUCAUAACAAAGGCCGGGAGGCGUAUGUUCCCCAGUUACAAAGUGAAGGUCACUGGACUUAAUCCAAAAACCAAGUACAUACUGUUGAUGGAUAUUGUACCGGCGGAUGACCACAGAUACAAAUUCGCGGAUAAUAAAUGGUCGGUGACAGGGAAGGCAGAGCCGGCCAUGCCGGGGCGGCUGUACGUGCAUCCCGAUUCCCCGGCCACUGGUGCCCACUGGAUGAGGCAACUGGUUUCCUUCCAGAAGCUCAAACUCACUAAUAACCAUCUCGACCCCUUCGGACAUAUCAUCCUGAACUCCAUGCACAAGUACCAGCCCCGGCUCCACAUCGUCAAAGCGGACGAGAACAACGGCUUUGGCUCCAAGAACACGGCCUUCUGCACCCACGUCUUCCCGGAGACCGCCUUCAUCGCUGUCACCUCCUACCAAAACCACAAGAUCACCCAGUUAAAGAUUGAGAACAAUCCCUUUGCGAAAGGUUUCCGCGGCAGUGACGACAUGGAGCUCCACAGGAUGUCCAGGAUGCAGAGGUAAUGAGUGCC